GGCACCGAAAUAAAAUAGAAAUUACAUAGUACCUAACCUAGGUAACUAGAUAAUACCUAACUACCUCCUACAAGUCCUUGGAGACCUACUACCUAGGAUUUCGGAACCGAACCCUCCGAAAUCCGUCCUUGGAUACCGACGCCGAACCACUCCCGAACUCCCAGGAAAAUUGUCUUAUGUAAUCAUCGGCCGGAAAGUUUCGCAAGCGGCACGGCAACAGUGUAAAGACCGAACAGAAAAACAAAAAAAAAUUACCUAACAUCACACAGCUCUUUUCCAUCCGAGGGCCAAACCAAACCCCCCGGAACGCACGGUUCGUUCAAUUAAACACGCCAAGCCGACAAGGCUACCUAUGUAACCUUGCCUUGCCGCGCCGUACAACCAAUUCACCCCCAAAGCCUCGUGAUAACUCCCCCCCCCCUUCCUCUAGUCAGGGAUUCCAGCACCGCCCAGAGACUUUAGCCUCGGACUUCGCUGGUUAUUAGCUGUCCGAAAUACAGAAUACCACGUAUACAGAAUACUACGUAUCGCAGGCUGCGAGCUGCGAGCUUGCGUACUGCUUACGACUCUGCGGCGCGGCGUCUAUAUCAUUCCUAGGACCUGGGUGGGUUAGUUAGUUAUCCUACCCCAUACGGGGGAGAUUCACGCGAUGCAGAUCUUACCGCGCAGCGCCCCCGGACGCGGCCUAAGCCCCCUCCCUCUGCCUUUCGUAUGCCAGUCGUGCCAGAGAUCGCUGCGCCGUUUCUCGGUGACGUCACGCCGCGCAAGUGCUGCUACUGCUACUGCUCCUAGUACUCCUCCACCAUCAUCAUCCCCACCUCCGUCCGGCUAUGCGCUGCUGACGUCCCGGCGGCUGAUCAGCCUUGCCGGUCCGGACGCGCCUAGGUUCUUGCACGGCCUGAUCACGCGGUCCGUUGUUGACGAGUCCGGGGGCGCGGGCGCUAGACAUCGGCAUAACACGCCGGUCUCCUCUCACACCAGUCUCGCUGCCGGGGCGCCGGGCUUCUACAGCGGGUUCCUGAAUGCGACGGGCCGCGUGCUGUACGACGUGUUUGUGUACCGGGACACGCUGGGGAUCAGCGCGGACGCGGCGGACGGAGAGGCUUUUAUCGUCGAGGUGGAUGCCGCGCAGGUGCAUACGCUGGCGUCGCAUAUCAAGCGAUACAAGCUGCGGAGCAAAACCUCGUUCCGGGUCUUGGAUGAGGGCGAAGUUGCCGCGUGGCAGGUGUGGGAUGGGUCUUCUCUCUCCUCGCCUGGGAGUCCGCUGUUGUCGCAGCUGAAAGAUAGUAUCGUCCUGCCGGAUACUCGUGCCCCUGGGAUGGGGUAUCGGGUCCUUCGACGCGGGGGAGCGAGUGGACUGGACGUGGACCUGGCGCAAUGUGACGACGAUGCGUAUCGCGUGAGGCGGUACUUGCUCGGCGUAGCAGAGGGCCAGGCUGAGAUACCGCGCGAGCAGGCACUUCCGCUCGAGGCCAAUAUGGAUCUCAUGGGAGGCAUCGACUUCCGCAAGGGGUGCUACGUAGGACAGGAACUAACGAUCCGCACGCGGCACCGCGGCAUCGUGCGUAAGCGUAUACUGCCAUGUCUGCUGUACCCUCCCAAUCCCUCUUCUUCUUUCUCUUCUCCGCCUGGAGCCCUCGAGUAUAAGCCCUAUAUUAUUUCCCACGAGGGUAUACACGGGGAAGAGGGCAAGGAGGAAUUAUCAGCAGAGAACAUCCCGGCGAACUUGAGCAUAGGCAGAGACGGCGCCAAAGGCCGCAGCGCUGGGACUUGGCUUCGCGGGGUGGGAAACGUCGGUCUGGCGCUGUGCAGACUGCAGAUCAUGACGGACGUCGAACUACCGGGGGAGACGGCUGCCGGAGCACCGUUUGACCCGACCCGCGAUGAGUUUGUUGUUAAAUGGGGAAUGGAUGAGGAGGGUGGUGGAGGACAGUCUGUCAAGAUAAAGGCGUUUGUGCCGGAUUGGAUGCGUGAGAGGUUGCAAGAGGGCACGUAGGAGUAGGUUGGCUUUGCUAACGGUUGCUGAAUGGGUGGACUGUAUAAAUAUUAUACGUUCCUAGAGGACGUGUGUGACUAUAUUGCUAUGAGAUAUUGCUCAUAGCGUGAACUUGUAUACUGUAUUGUGUAUACUAAAAUCCGCUUCAUAGAUAUAUUGAUGAAUCUUCUAUUUCAACUAUUAGGUACAUUAUAUAUCACGAGGCAUGCAAAGUCGGUAGCAAGCCGUGCCACAGGCUUGGAAUUAUCCCAAUAUUCGCUAUUAAGA